AUGAGUCUUAUUACAAUUGUGUAUCAAACUCUGAACCUUUGUGGUUCAACACUCUGCAUCGCGGAUAAAAAGGACAAUUCCCGAUCGCGAUCUCUUUUUCUUCCUCAUACCACAUCCUCCUCCUUACGCCACGUCGACCUCACAAACACCGCCAUCAUGUCUCAAUCCGGAGCUACCGUCAGCCAGGAGUGCAUCACUGCCUACAAUGACCUGAAGCUCUCCAAGAAGCACAAGUACAUCAUCUACAAGCUCAGCGACGACUUCAAGGAGAUUGUCGUCGAGGAUGCCUCCAACGACAAGGACUGGGAGAACUUCCGCGAGAAGCUCAUCAACGCCACCUCCAAGUCCAAGACUGGUGCUGUUGGCAAGGGUCCCCGCUAUGCCGUCUACGACUUUGAGUACAGCCUCGCCACCGGCGACGGUAUCCGCAACAAGAUUGUCUUCAUCGCCUGGUCUCCCGAUGAUGCCGGCGUUCAGCCCAAGAUGAUUUACGCUUCCUCCAAGGAGGCCCUGAAGCGUUCUCUCACCGGCAUUGCCAGCGAGCUCCAGGCCAACGACUCUGACGACAUUGAGUACGACACCAUCCUCAAGACUGUCAGCAAGGGUCUUGCCGCCUCCUCCUAA